AUGAGAGAUUUUAAACGGCUCCAAGAAGAUCCCCCUGCUGGUGUUAGUGGUGCCCCAUCUGAAAAUAACAUUAUGGUUUGGAAUGCAGUCAUUUUUGGUCCUGAGGGAACGCCUUUUGAAGAUGGUACCUUCAAACUUACCAUUGAAUUUACAGAGGAAUAUCCAAAUAAACCUCCAACUGUGAGAUUUGUCUCCAAAAUGUUUCAUCCAAAUGUAUAUGCUGAUGGCAGCAUUUGCUUAGACAUACUACAGAAUCGUUGGAGUCCAACCUAUGAUGUGUCAUCAAUCUUAACUUCAAUACAGUCAUUACUGGAUGAACCUAACCCCAACAGUCCAGCUAAUAGUCAAGCGGCGCAACUGUACCAGGAAAACAAGCGAGAGUAUGAGAAGAGGGUUUCUGCUAUUGUUGAACAGAGUUGGCGUGACUGUUGA